ACAAACGUUGUUGAAAAUUUUUCUAUUAUUUUUUUCAAAUGGCGUGCGUGAAUAUUUGAAAUAUUUACAAAUUAUCUUAAGGUGGUUCGCUUAUAACAGUAAGGUUAUAAAUACAAUGCUCGUUUGAAACGAAUUAGUUGAAUGACAAAUAACAAGAUAGAAAAUGAUAAUAUUAAUCUCUUCUACGAUAUUUUCCGCCGUUUUUAAAUCUACGGAAAUUCGGUGGACGAUGUGAAACUUAAGAAAAGUACAACAAUGAAAUUUGUGUACAAAUUGUUUUUCUUGUGCCUUAUCUUUGUUGCUUUAAUAAUAUUACUUAAUUUGACCAACUUCUCGAACAAGAUAUAUAAUGCCCAAGCCAAAGAAACUGCUGCUUUUUCAAGCUCCAUUAAAAAAUUCAUACCAAGCCCAAUAGUGGAAGAGGUAACAAUAUGUGUCGUAGUAUGUGGAGACAGAUUAGACGAGUCACUGACUAUGCUCAAGUCUGCUUUAGUUUUCACAAGAAGACCCCUACAAUUCAUUAUUCUGGCAGAGACAGAUUUAAUUUCUGCAUUCAAUGAAAAGCUGAUGGAAUGGAAGCUUAUGUCGAAUAAAACAUUUGACUUUGUAGUUAAACCUAUAACAUUCCCCGAAGGAAGUGAUGCAGCUAUGUGGAAGAAACUUUUUAAACCAUGUGCAGCACAAAGAUUAUUUCUACCUACAGUUUUAAAUGAGACGGAUGCUGUUCUUUAUAUGGACACUGAUACCCUGUUCUUAGCUCCUCCAGAGACAAUUUGGGAUGAAUUUAAGAAAAUGAAUUCCAGUCAAUUAGCAGCAUUAAGUCCUGAGCACGAAGAUCCUAAUACAGCAUGGUAUAAUAGAUUUGCAAAGCACCCAUACUAUGGAAAGUUAGGUGUGAAUUCAGGUGUUAUGUUAAUGAAUUUAACAAGGAUGAGAGAAUUUAGGUGGAUAGAAUACGUGAUACCUAUACACAAGGAAUACAAACUGAAGAUAACAUGGGGAGAUCAAGACAUAAUAAAUAUUAUAUUUCAUUACCAUCCUGAGAAGCUUUAUGUAUACUCUUGCAGGUACAAUUACAGGCCUGAUCACUGUAUGUAUAUGCCUGUUUGUACAAAAGCAGAGAAACAAGGUGCUUUGGUUUUACAUGGUUCCAGAGGCACGUUUCAUUCUCAGAAACAGCCACCUUUCAGAGCAAUUUACAAAGCUAUGCAAGAAUAUCAAUUAGAUACAGAUCCCUACGAUUAUCUGUUGGUGCCAAUGAGAAACUAUUUAGCUUUGGAACACGAAUCUAAUUGUGGAAAAGUAUGGAAAGUAUUUAUUAUUCAACCUGAAUUAUAUUUGGGCAGCAAUAAUAUUUAAACGUUUUUUUAAAACUCAUAGAAUACAACUACCCAAACAUAGUACUUCCUUUAAUCUUUCAUCAACAAAUUUCAAAUCUUUAUAAAAUAUUUAUAAAACA